CGAGACAGUAGAACCCUAGGCCAAAAAUGACGACCAGUUUGAAGAAGAAUCGGAAGAAGAGAGGCCACGUCAGCGCCGGCCACGGCCGAAUCGGGAAGCACAGGAAGCAUCCCGGCGGUCGUGGAAAUGCCGGAGGCAUGCACCACCACCGGAUCUUGUUCGACAAGUACCACCCGGGGUAUUUUGGUAAAGUCGGCAUGCGCUACUUCCACAAGCUCCGCAACAAGUUCUACUGCCCCAUCGUCAACGUCGACAAGCUCUGGUCUUUGGUGCCGCAGGAGGCGAAGGACAAGGCAGCGGCGAACAAAGGAAACGACGUGCCGUUGAUCGACGUAACGCAGUUUGGGUACUUUAAGGUGUUGGGGAAGGGGGCGUUGCCUCAGAGCCAGCCUGUUGUGGUGAAGGCCAAGCUCAUUUCUAAGACCGCUGAGAAGAAGAUUAAGGAAGCUGGUGGCGCUGUUGUUCUCACCGCCUAGGAUUUUAGGGUUUAGAUUUGGGGGUUUUUUGCUUAUUGUCUGAGAAUUGGGGUUUUGGUAGACUUUUUCUUCGCCUUUGCUUAAUACAAACAUCAUGUUAUUUUCUGUCAUUGAGCUUCUCGAAUGCAAAAGCUUGAAACUUUUGUUGCAA